CUUAUAGCCAAUAGUUCCGGUGCGUGAAAGAGAUUUGCUUUUUUUCUUCGCGUGUUGAUGCGCCGCGCAUGCGCAGCAGCUUGAUAAUUUGGAUACAAAAGAAUGCCGGAAGACUACGCAGCCCGGUUUUCCAAGGGGCAAAACCCAGAGCUCCGGUUAAUGAAAAAGCUGGAGCACUGUGCCAAUGCGCGCUGCGAGUCCACUGCUAUCAUUGCUAGUCGUCUGGCGGAAAGGGAGCAGGCCCGGCUGUCGCUCCGCAAGACGGAUGAAGUAGCUUCUUGUCCUAAUAAAUAUUUCAUCUAAGGCAUGGAGUAGAAUCAAACGAGAGCCCUCUUCAACGUCAUCAGCAGUGGACUACACCAUGUUUUCCCAUUGGUCGCUACUUUCUUUCAAUUUUGAAGACUUGCGACACAUUGAUGAAAUUGCGCCAGGUUUACCGCGAAGCCCUGGGAUUCAAUCGACGGUUCGGGGAAGAGCGGUGGGUCAGAAAGCUUUCCAAAAGCCCCUACCUGACAGAGUACCCAAUCCAACCUAAAGUGUGUUUGAGUCACGUGAGAUUCUUGGUUAUGCUGGUCCGCACGACCCCGCUGGGUAGGAGCUACAGGGCUGAUAUAAAUUAGCAUAAUUUCAUCCUGUUCCGCGACCGAGCUUCCAAAAGGAUCGAAGUGUCCCUGCUAUAAUCGGUUUGAAAAGUAAGCUGCGGUCGCCGUUGCUCGUUGCACACAAGAACUUCGCAGAAGCUGCCUACAUGCAAAUGCAGCACUAUGUCCUCGCAUGCUUUUUGUAUUUGUUUUUCGCAUUUUUAUUUUGUUUUUGCCUGGUAAAUUCAUUGAUAUAUUCAUAUUUGACCACGUGAACAACCCCAUUUUUCCCCCUCAUAUGGCUUUAGCCACGGAGUACACUCUGAUGACGGAUGAACAGGAUAUGCAGCGCGUACUGAACGAGAGCAAGGCCGGUCAUGUGAGCGUGCGGAAGAGGGAGGCGGAGGAACACAUUCUGCAGAAGGCGUACUCGCACGGCAUCGACGAGGAGAUGGCAUACCUGCGGGCGGAAAAGCGGGAGCUGUACUGGAAGGAGCGUGAACUGAAGGCUUUGCGAGACAAGGAACGUACCGAUUCCCGCAUCGCCCGCAUUCGUGCGAACAAACGCCAGGAGACCCUGCUCCGGCAGACGGAACUCGCCGUCGCCCGUGCAAAGUCCGCGGCUUUGCAUGGGGAACCCGGGCGCGCCACGAGCACGACACUAUCCUCUGCAACAAAAGUAUCGUACUCGUACUGACUGCAGUCAUGCUUGACAGAUCUAUGUCUAUCUUUCUUCCUGAUCUACUAGCAUGACAAGUUGCAUUCUUUUUCUUGUUCUCUAAAACUUUUGUAAAAAUAUGCGUAGUAUUUUGCACAACCAGUGCGAGGACACUUUUGCAAUGCAUAGACACACCUCCGCAGCAAGUCUGCCUCCCCAACUGAUCAUAAUCUGAGCCAGCAGCUGAGCGCCGCUGCGAGGCGGAAACAAUUACUCGCGAGUCAUGGACUCACAGCGGUUGGCGGUACAUCUGGUGCUACGACGACAAAGAAAGUACAAGUACUUUCGGUGGCGGUGUGAAGAACAUUUGCCGAAUCAUCAUGUCAAACAUGUGUACUGAAUAAAAUCCAGGUGCUUACAGGUCCUCGUUUCCACCAUCACACACCUCCUAUUGAAUGGGUCUGUAGGUUGUACCGCAAUCAUGUUGAUUGAUGUGCUUCGUGAGCUUGACGGCCGAAGUCAAAACUGACAAAACAAAAGAAUGCUUGUUUCAAAAUUACUCUCGGAGGAAAUGCGCUGCCCCUUCGCUGGUGCAGCGUCACCAGAAUCCUCGAUAUUGGUAACAAUGAACGACGGCUCUCCGCCAAGAAAUCCUGAAAAUAUGAAUGUGUCAACAGCAGGCUUAAAUGUACGAUACCUUUUUGUGUCAAAGGAUCUGCUUCCCUACGAAUAUGCCUUGAUUGGAGCAGCGUCGUCCUCUGCCACCGGGGUGGAAAACCAAUUCGUGGUGUCAUCUGCUCCGUCGAUAGCGCCCAUGCUUAGACUGUAGUCCCCCAGGAAUGGCAGCGCGGGGAGGACAAGAUCAAGACACAAGCUUCGUUCGGCCGCGGGCCGUCUGGACGAGGUGCAGACCCAGACGAAGUUGUUCCACCUAGUUGUUGUAACGAGCUGGGCUAAAAGGCAUCGAACCUUCUCG